GGGUAACCGCGUCAGGGAGUUGGAUUCUAUCCUGCAAGGGCACGGGGACCCACAACGACGGCUGUCCCUAAAGAACCGUUGCGACUGGUAACUGAAGUGGAAGAGAGUCCAGAUUUCUUGUGUGUGGUCAAGGAGACGGACAAACUUUUUGUCUUCAGACGAGGGAGCGUUUUGUAGGCUCUCCAGGGGUUGAGAUGCUUCCUGCUUCUGCGAAGGCUCCCCAUAAACAGCCUCAUAAGCAGAGCAUCAGCAUAGGCAGAGGAACCAGGAAGAGAGAUGAAGAUUCAGGGACUGAAGUGGGAGAAGGCACAGAUGAAUGGGCCCAAUCCAAAGCCACAGUUAGACCCCCUGACCAGCUGGAGUUGACCGAUACGGAGUUAAAGGAGGAGUUCACUCGGAUUUUGACAGCCAACAACCCACACGCACCCCAGAACAUUGUCAGGUACAGCUUCAAAGAAGGCACAUAUAAGCCUAUUGGCUUUGUGAACCAACUGGCAGUUCACUACACCCAGGUUGGGAACCUGAUCCCCAAAGACUCAGAUGAAGGACGGCGGCAGCAUUACCGCGAUGAAUUAGUGGCAGUAUCCUACCAAGGUUCUCAGGAGUCUGUCAAGGUGAUUUCAGAAACAGGAAACCUCGAAGAAGACGAAGAGCCCAAGGAGUUAGAAACUGAGCCUGGGAGUCAAACAGAUGUGCCUGCAGCUGGGGCAGCUGAAAAAGUGACUGAAGAAGAAUUGAUGACUCCUAAGCAGCCCAAGGAGAGAAAGCUCACUAACCAGUUCAACUUCAGUGAGAGGGCCUCACAGACCUACAACAACCCUGUCCGGGAUCGAGAAUGCCAGACGGAGCCUCCUCCCAGGACAAACUUUUCAGCCACAGCCAAUCAGUGGGAGAUCUAUGAUGCCUAUGUAGAGGAACUUGAGAAGCAGGAAAAGACCAAAGAGAAGGAGAAGGCAAAGACCCCAGUGGCUAAAAAAUCAGGGAAGAUGGCCAUGAGGAAGCUGACAUCUAUGGAGUCUCAGACUGAUGAUCUCAUCAAAUUGUCCCAAGCUGCUAAGAUCAUGGAGCGGAUGGUCAACCAGAAUACAUAUGAUGACAUUGCUCAAGAUUUUAAGUACUAUGACGAUGCUGCUGAUGAAUACCGGGACCAGGUGGGUACCCUGCUGCCGCUCUGGAAGUUCCAAAAUGACAAAGCCAAGCGCCUGUCCGUCACUGCCCUCUGCUGGAAUCCAAAGUACAGGGAUCUGUUUGCAGUGGGAUAUGGCUCUUAUGACUUCAUGAAGCAGAGCCGGGGCAUGCUGCUGCUCUACAGCCUGAAGAACCCCAGCUUCCCCGAGUACAUGUUCAGCAGCAACAGCGGCGUCAUGUGUCUCGACAUCCACGUGGACCACCCCUACCUGGUGGCAGUGGGCCACUAUGACGGCAACGUGGCCAUUUACAACCUCAAGAAGCCCCACUCCCAGCCCUCCUUCUGCAGCUCAGCCAAGUCUGGCAAGCACUCAGACCCUGUGUGGCAGGUCAAGUGGCAGAAGGAUGACAUGGACCAAAACCUUAACUUCUUCUCUGUGUCAUCUGACGGCAGGAUUGUGUCUUGGACUCUCGUGAAGAGAAAGCUGGUUCACGUAGAUGUCAUCAAGCUGAAGGUGGAAGGCAGCACCACAGAAGUUCCUGAGGGGUUGCAGCUGCACCCAGUGGGUUGUGGCACUGCCUUUGACUUCCACAAAGAGAUUGACUACAUGUUCCUAGUGGGCACAGAGGAGGGAAGAAUCUACAAGUGCUCUAAAUCCUACUCCAGCCAAUUCCUCGACACCUAUGAUGCCCACAACAUGUCAGUGGACACUGUGUCCUGGAACCCAUACCACACCAAGGUCUUCAUGUCCUGCAGCUCCGACUGGACAGUGAAGAUCUGGGACCACACCAUCAAGACCCCGAUGUUCAUCUAUGACCUGAACUCAGCCGUGGGUGAUGUGGCCUGGGCGCCAUACUCUUCUACUGUGUUUGCAGCAGUCACCACAGAUGGGAAGGCCUACAUAUUUGACUUAGCCAUCAACAAGUAUGAGGCCAUCUGCAUCCAGCCUGUGGCGGCCAAAAAGAACAGGCUCACCCACGUGCAGUUCAAUCUCAUCCACCCCAUCAUCAUUGUGGGCGAUGACCGUGGGCACAUCAUCAGCCUCAAGCUCUCACCCAAUUUGCGCAAGAUGCCAAAGGAGAGAGACCCAGGUUGAAGCUGGCAGAGUUGGACAACCCUCCAGGAGGGAUGAUGGUCAUUCUUUGGGGGAGGAGUACAGCCACGACACCAUGAGGGCGGUAGACAUGGGCGGGAGCCUGCCCUGCCCACUCUGAUCCAGGGAGGUAAGCAUCUCCCAUAGUUUCAGUUCCCCUCAGAGAAGGGUCAGUCAUGGCUGGGAGAGCUGGGCUGUGUGUAUCUGGGGACCUACGUCUCUGAGGACCUGAGAAGGGACAGGUGGGGGCUGGUGGGUACUUGAGUGGAUUAGAGGUUCCCGUGAAAUUGCCAUCUGACCCUAUCAGCCAAGUGAUUCAUGCAAAACAAAAUCCUCUGGGCAUCCCUACUGCCCUUCCUCUGUGAGCUGCAGACUCCCUGCCCUUUCCAAAUGGCUUCCCCACAGAGGUCUGGACCUCCCUGCCCAGGGAGCUCCCAUGAUGGGUGUCAAGAGCCCAAAGAGUCCAAGGCCAAAGACUGUCUUUCCCUAACUACAGGAUAGAUGGGAAACCGAAGCUCAGAAAGGCAAAGGCCUUGCCCAAAGUCAUAUAGGGAGUUAAUGACAGAGCUGGAACUAAAACCAGGUCCCCUAACUCCCAGGGGAUGGGGUGAAGCCAAGAAGAGAACCCAAGCUUAAUUUAGGAAGGAGAGAGGGAAGAGAGAGAAAAAGAGUUUUUUUGUCCUCUGCCUGCAGAGGGUAGAGGUGAGCUAGGUAGUGGCAAAAAGGCACUGGGCUGCAAGGGGAUAGGGGAGAAAAUUUGGGAGCAGGUAUGGGGUCACACCAGGGGGAAAUCUGAGCUCCACAUGGUGACAGCAGCCAAAAAGGAGCCAGGGAAGGGCCUACUGGCCCUGCACUCACCCCUCCCCAUCCCCUUUACAGCUCUGGCCAGACCAAGGUAAGGCUGGGGUAGGUGUCAGUGAGCAGUGGGCACAGGUGGCUGAGAGGAUGGGGGCCCAGGAGCACAGCGAAGGCAGGAAAUGGGGAAAUGGCAACUGUCCAGCCUGCCCCAGCAUAGCCCUCACCCCCCUGCCUGGACAGCAGGGAGGGUGGGACUGGUGCUGGUCUGCCAAGGAGUUCUCGGGACCUGUGGGUGACACACACUCCAGUGUCCAACUUAUAAUGGAAGGAUUAGAGUGCUUUGCAGGUAGGGUGAUGGGUCAUAAACUCAGGAUCUGGUCUUCUAAAGGACAACCUCAGCCAACGACACCUGGAGUCACAUGGACUAUUCCCUCUGCCCUUAUGGGUCUCUGGACACUCUUCCCAACCCUGGGUAUGUCUGACACAGCAGGUCUCGCCCCAAAUAGCACCC